CCCCUUCCAAUGUAAUUCAAUCACAUCUCUCUCUCUCUCUCUCUCUCUCUCUCUCUCUCUCUCUCUCUCUCAGCCAUGAAAGGGUUCAUCUGUAUAUUGGUGCUGUUGUCCUUUCUCCUCCUUGUUCCAGACGUCAUGCUCGCAAGAAACAUAGCACAGUCUCAUCCAAGAGUAGGUGAUUACGUUGAUUUCUCUCCACAUACUCUUAGCCCGGUGGGAUUGGACACGAGCAAUGCGGUUGAACGUGAUUUGCACGUGAAGAGGAGACCGAUGAGAAAGAGGAGAGGUCAUGAGACGGUCCAAAUCGCAGGUUCGAGACUACCAGAUUGCGCUCACGCCUGUGGUUCGUGCUCCCCUUGUCGACUUGUUAUGGUUAGCUUCAAAUGCUCGUUGUUAGCCGAGGCCGAGACAUGUCCCAUGGCCUACAAGUGCAUUUGCAAUACCAAGUCGUUCCCUGUUCCAUGAUCAUCAUCAUCAUCAUCAUCAUAUAUCUCUCUCUCUCUCUCUCUCAUAGUAUUGUCUUCUUCCAAUGUCCGUCAAGUCGAAAUCUUCUACUAUCAAAUUCUGUACUGAUCAGGAGUUUUAAUUAUUAUUAAUAG